UGAUCUCAGCUGAAGUUUCCUCUGUCAGCUUCACGAAGGAGCUGAAGGAACUCUUCGAGAAUGAUAAAAGUAUCCUCUAGGCUGAACUUCGUCGAAGACUGUGGCGAAAAAAGGCAAAGGGAAAUAAACGCCAUUUAAAUCCCGACAAUGCGGCUCAAACAAAGAAGGCAGUGAUUUGCGGUCUCGGUGGUUUUCUCUGCUCCUACUAGCCAGGGCUGGGUCCCGUUACAGUUGAGAGUCGGCGUCUCGCCAAGAUGUCCAUGGAGGAGCAGGAAUAUCCCGAAGCGGUACUGGUGACUGAGGCCGGGCCACAGUGGCUCCGAGCCGAGAUCGAGCGUCUUACCCGGGAGCUCCGUGAGACGACCCACGAGAAGAUCCAGGCGGCUGAGUAUGGGCUGGCGGUGCUGGAGGAGAAACAGCAGCUCAAGCAGCGAUUUGAUGAGUUGGAGACGGAGUACGAGACGGUCAGACAGGAGCUGGAUCAGCUGAAGGAGGCCUUUGGACAAGCUUACUCAACCCACAGGAAGGUGGCAGCAGAUGGGGAAAGUAGGGAAGAGUCACUGAUCCUGGAGUCUGCCAGUAAAGAGGCUGUCUACCAGCAAAAAGUCCUAGAGUUGCAGAAUGAGCUCCGACAGGCCAAAGCCUCCCUCACCAGUGCACAAGCUGAAAACGAUCGCCUGUCCUCCAUUGCCCUCGAGAUGAAAGAGAAUUCAGAACUGGUGGAGCUGCAGCGCAGUCAGCUACGAGAUGAUAUCAGAGAAUACAAAAUACGAGAGGCUCGUCUGCUGCAGGACUACAGCGAGCUGGAGGAGGAGAACAUCUCUCUUCAGAAACAAGUGUCUGUGCUGAGACAGAACCAGGUGGAAUUUGAAGGUCUGAAGCAUGAGAUCCGCCGUCUGGAGGAGGACUCCCAGUGCCUGCACAGCCAGCUGGAAGAAGCCAUGCGUCUGAGAGAAAUCGCUGAGCGACAGCUAACAGAGGCCUUAGAGACGAUCAAAACAGAGCGCGAGCAGAAGGCCUCCCUGCGCAAGCAGCUCUCCCACUAUAUGACCAUCGGUGGCUCGGUGUACAGCAGCUCGUUCAACAUCUCCUUCGACAGCCUGAAACUCCACGAGGAUUCCUCCGCCCUCGGUGAGCCUGACAACGAUGAUCUAAUCAGAGGCUUCGAAAAUGGCUUGGUGAAGACGGGUGAGGGUGAUGAAGACAACAGAGCUGCCGCGAACAGGAGAGGAGAGGCCUUCAAACCGGCUCCUAGCCUGGUGGACGACCUGCUCAGUGAGCUCAACAUCUCUGAGAUCCAGAAACUGAAACAACAGCUUGUACAGGUGGAGCGGGAGAAAGUGGCCCUGAUAAACUCUCUGCAGGAGAGCCAGAAGCAGCUGGAACAGGCCUAUGGGACUGUGUCUGAGCAAAAGGAAACUGUCAACAGACUGACUGAGAACCUCAGUGCAAUGAGGAAACUUCAGGCCAGUAAGGAGCGCCAGUCUGCCCUCGACAGUGAAAAAGACAGGGACAGUCAUGAUGACGGAGACUACUACGAGCUGGACAUCAACGGACCCGAGAUCCUGCAGUGUAAAUACACAGUGGCGGUGUCUGAAGCCGGGGAAUUGAGGCAGGAGCUGAAGACACUGAGGGCAGAGUACGAGGCGUGUCGAACCCAGUAUGAAGACGAGCGAGCACAGCUGGAGAGCGAUGUCCAGGACUUGAGAUCAAGGUUGGCGUCCCUGGAGAAGAUUAGCCAAGCAGACAAAGCGGAGGUGACUCGUCUGGAGAAGGAGCUCCAUCUGGCCAGCAAGGCUGCAGGAGAAUCGCUUGGCAGCCUGAACGUGGCCCAGGAUGAGCUCAUAGCUUUUAGUGAAGAGCUGGCCAAUCUCUACAACCACGUGUGUAUGUGCAACAAUGAGACCCCUAACCGUGUCAUGCUCGACUACUACAAGGAAGGCAAAGUCAUGGUAAGAAAGGGGCAUGAAGGGAAGGAGCACCAGUCUUUCGUACUUAUCAGUAAUGGGCUGAUCACAGAGAGUGAACCUGGAAAGUUGGACUCCAGCAGCGCCACAACUACCCCAGCUCCAGUCCCAGAGCACCGCCCAGAACCCAUGAACAUCUAUAACCUCGUAGCCAUCAUCAGGGACCAGAUCCGCUACUUGCAGCAGGCAGUGGACCGCACCACAGAGCUGUCACGCCAGAGACUUGCCAAUCUGGAGUUGAGCACAGUGGCAGACAAAGACAAAGAGGCUUGCAUGGAAGAGAUCCUCAAACUAAAGUCCCUGCUUAGCACCAAAAGGGAACAGAUAGCCACUCUCAGAGCUGUGCUGAAGGCCAACAAACAGACGGCUGAAGUGGCUCUGGCUAACCUGAAGAGUAAGUAUGACAGUGAGAAGGCCAUGGUGACUGAUACUAUGAUGAAGCUCCGCAAUGAACUCAAGGCUCUGAAAGAGGAUGCUGCUACUUUCUCCUCACUCCGAGCCAUGUUUGCUACAAGGUGUGAUGAGUAUGUGACCCAGCUGGACGACAUGCAGAGGCAGCUGGCGGCUGCUGAGGAUGAGAAGAAGACCCUGAACUCUCUGUUACGCAUGGCCAUCCAGCAGAAACUGGCCUUGACACAGCGCCUGGAGGACUUGGAGUUUGACCAUGAGCAGGCACGCCGCAACAGUGCCACGGCAGUGGGAGGCAAGGGCAAACUAAAGGGCAAGGGAGCAUCUUCCAGCCAUCAUUAAAUCUGUCAACUGGCCUUAAGGACGUCCACCAAAGUGUCUGUAAGAGUCUGGGCUCCUGGGUUUUUUUUUUACUCUCUUAUCAUGGUCCAAAUCAUGUCAUUGCUAAUACAAGAACAUAUCCAACAGUAUUUGCCUUGUUUUAGAGUGCCAAAACAAAAAGCUCUUAAAGUGGGGUCAAACAGUGUGACUGCAGAAAGAAUGACUCAUCACAUCAGCUGCCCACUGCAGUCCUUCAGUCUUCCAACAAUAUGCACCACUAUUAUUACUGAACCAGAGGAAAAACCAAGAUUGGUGUUUCACUCAUCACUCAUUGCCUGUGUUACCCUGACUGAGCACUUUUUGUUUUACUUAUUUGCUCUUAGGUGAUUCCUCUUUCUAUAUCAAAUCAUACUAAUUGCUCAGAGUAUUAUACAAUGUUUUACUGUAUGAUUUUUUUUACAACAAAACCAGAGAUUAUGUGGUAAGUCUUUUUAAAAGCAGUAUUUUCAACCUACUGGUUGAAAUCAAACAAAAGAGACAAGUAAGCUUUUCUGCCUUAGUUGUUUUCCUUUUGGCUUUUUGAUUUAGGGGUGCCUUUCUAAAUAAGAUUUUUGAUAACUAUGUCUCCUGUUUAUCUCAUUAAAACAAAAUGCAAUACAUUGCUUUCAAUGUAUUCAACAUAUGUGAUCCUGCAGGUAUGGGGCUUUAAAUUCAGGGUCUUAGCUAAAUUUUGUAUAACUGGGCUCUUCCUCUGUAGACAUAGCACAGCUGUUACAAAUUCAAGAAUGCUUGUUAUGACUGAGGAAGAGUAUUAAUGCAAAGCUUAUUUAAAAAAUUCUAAGUUAAGGUCAGAUGUUAAUAGUAUUCAUAAACUUUAUUCAUGAAGGAGAUACUCUAAUGUAAUUGUUUUAAUACAUUUUUUUGUAAACUGUUGGAAAAUCCAUUGUCUGCAAACAAUAACCCUGCAGUGCCAUUUUGAGUCGUGUGUACAAGUGCAAUUUGCAAACAUGGCAAAAAAAGGAAAAUGUUUAUGGUAUGUUAAAAUAUUUUACACACUGUUUCUCAUAUUCUUGGUCCUAAUUGAUUUUAUAUGUUUUUACUAUAACUACAUUUGUAUUUAUUUGACACUGCUCAGACUACAGGAUGUCAUCAUCCUUUUUGUUUCAUAAGGACAUUCGAGUGGAGGUGGCUGGUCUGAAUUUCAAGAAAACUAAACUGUGGUAAAACACUUGCAAAAUUCAUGACUGUUGGCUAUUGUCUCCACUUCCAGUUAUGGCAGGUGAGGAAAUAAAUCUAACUUUCACAGUU